GUGGGGCUUGGGCGUGUGCCGCGGCUGCCGGCGGGGCGCGCUCCCGCUCCGCUCCGCUCCCCCCGCACGCACAUUGUCCGGGCGGCGGCGGCAGAGCGCCCCGGCGCCCGGUGCCAAUGCGGCGCGGGCGCGGCACACCGGGGGUGCCUCCACCACCGCGGUGGAAACUUCACCUCGCCGCCAGGCCGACGCGCGGCUGAAGCCCCUGGCGGGGCCGGGCCGGGCCGGGCCGGGCCGGGCGGGGAGGAACGGAGCGGCGGGGUGGGGGGGGGCAGUUCGUCCGCUUGGGGGCCGCCUCGUCUUGUUUGAUUUUUCCUCCGUUAGAAGAGAAAACAAAUAUUAUUAUCCCGCUUUAAACUUCCGUGCUGUGCUGUCUAGGACGCGCAUCCCGCCUGGCGGGGUGGACGACCCGCUGGGGAACUGAGGAAUGGAAAUCCAUGUUAGCAGGAGGAGCCUGGAGAAGAGUUGAGAACAAAAAUUGUUGUCCUAGUCUGGUGCUUUGACUGCAAGAUCAGCUUCCCCCUUCCUUUGGUAACUGGGGCAUUUGAGCCAUCCCCAGACAAGAGGACCCUAUUUCUCUGCAGGGCUGGUUAGCCAUCCAGAGGGUGGUGGUGCUCCUGGAAGUCCUGAGCUGGAGUCGGCUGGAAGAUGACUGAAUAUAAGCUGGUGGUGGUGGGAGCUGGUGGUGUUGGGAAGAGUGCUUUGACAAUACAGCUCAUUCAGAACCAUUUUGUUGAUGAGUAUGACCCCACGAUAGAGGAUUCCUACAGAAAGCAAGUUGUCAUCGACGGAGAGACCUGCUUGUUAGACAUCUUGGACACUGCAGGGCAAGAGGAGUACAGUGCCAUGAGAGACCAGUACAUGAGAACAGGGGAAGGAUUCCUCUGCGUCUUCGCCAUCAACAACACAAAGUCCUUUGAAGAUAUUCACCAGUACAGGGAGCAGAUCAAGAGGGUGAAAGACUCAGAUGAUGUUCCCAUGGUGCUGGUGGGAAAUAAAUGUGACCUACCAGCCCGGACAGUGGAGACCCGGCAAGCACAGGACCUGGCCCGGAGUUAUGGGAUCCCCUACAUAGAAACGUCUGCCAAAACCAGACAGGGCGUUGAAGAUGCCUUCUACACCUUGGUGCGGGAGAUCCGUCAGCACAAGCUGCGCAAGCUGAAUCCCCCAGAUGAGAGCGGCCCCGGCUGCAUGAACUGUAAAUGUGUGAUAUCGUGACUACGCUGACUGGACCGUGUCUUGGAGAGGUUCCCACUGUGCAGAGUGCAAGGAAAGAAGUGAAGCGAAGGAAGAAGCAAAUGUAUGCAGGGGAGGAGUAUAGGGGGAGGGGAAGAGGAAGAGGAGGAAGAGGACAGGGGGAGCAUGAGCCCCUCCAAGGACUAUCUCGCACUUCACCCAAGCCUGCGGAAAACUACUUUUUUCUUUUUUUUCUUUCCCUAUCCCCUCCUCCUUUGGCCUCCUCCCACCCCGGCAACUGUACAAAGCCACAGAUUGAAUCACAGUAAAUUAUUAUUUGAUGGUCUCAACAAA